ACAACAUGGCCGCCUUCGGGGUGGACCCGGCUCGGGUGAUGCUCUUCGGCCAGUGUGCCGGGGGUUCCUCAGUCGGCUUCCACCUCCUCUCUCCCGGAAGCCGGGCCCUCUUCACCCGCGCCGCGCUGCAGAGCGGGGCCCCGACAGCCCUGUGGGUUUGGAGUUCACUCGAGGAGGCCCAAGAGAGAAGCCGGCGGCUCGGCCAGCUGCUGGGCUGCACCGAAAGCAACGACACCGCCCUGGUGAGCUGCCUGCAGGCGAAGGAUCCUGGAGAGUUCCCCAAACACGAGCUCUCCGUCUUGUACUACCGGGAUCUACUGGAGUUCCCUUUUUUGCCCACCGUAGAUGGGGAUUUUCUCCCUGAUACACCACCCAGACUCCUGCAGGCCCAGCACGGCCAAGCUAUCCCUAUCUUGACCGGCAUAAAUGCCAACGAAGGCUCCUACAUUCUCCUCUACGCUCUCCCCAGCCUCGGCGUGGAGAACACCAGCGCCAUUGGCUGGGAGCAUCUGCUGCAGGCGGUGAGGCUGAUAGUGCCCAGAGCCCCAGAAGAAACUAUCCGGGCCGUGGCCCAGCGGUACAUCCAGGAAGUGGAGGGGCAGGGUAAGGCACAG